AUGUCCGACAACGAGCCUCUUGAGUUGCUUGCGAAGCGCCUCAAGAACUUCACGACCGGCCAGAUAGUGCACAUCAUGCGCAGUGUCCAAGAGCCAAUCGCUAGGAACGUGCUCCUCGCUCAGCUCUUUAACACCAAGGCCGCUCCCUCCAUCGCCGCUCUUGCGACCAUGCCUCCCAGGAAGCUCAAGAAGGCGCUGAACGGAUUCAUAGGCUAUCGUUCCUGGCUCAAAGCUAUACCCUUCUUCAACAUGUGGCCGAUGAAGAAUAUUUCGUCCUAUAUCGGUCAGCUGUGGGAGCAUGAACCCGACAAGCCUCUGUGGACCCUGAUGACAAAGGCCUGGUCCGCCAUCCGCGAUCAAGUCGGCAAGGACAUGGCUCCUCUUGACAAGUUCUUGGACAUCGUGUGCACUGAGCUCAAAGUUCUACCACCUACGUUGUAUCUCCAAGGCCGUGGAUGGAAGAUCGAGUACAACAGUGAGGGUGCGCCUACACUCUUACACGAUCCCACCUCCUCGUCAGCUGCAGCGCUCGGCUAUGGCUUUAAAGGCCAGACCCUCUCAGUCUCAGACAUCAUCGAGAUCUGUCAGAAGAGAGGAUAUGCCACUAGCUACGCGCCCAACAAGAACGAUGCGUGUCCAACCUUUCUGGGGCAGAACCCCCAAGCUUUGAGGCUGGCGGCACGCAACAAGCGUAGGGAUAGGCGCCAGACCGCUAGAGAGUCUCCUGCUGCUCAAGUUCUUCAACAGGAAUCCGACGAAUUUCUCGCCGCCAUUCCAAAGAGUACGCUUCCAGAGGAUGAGUCUCGAGACCCCACUGGAUUCUACGGUCAUAUCUUGAGUAUCUUGUCCGACUACAAUGUCGCAGACCCUACAGCAUCUGCUGUCGAACCCAACAACAGUAACACGGCCGUCUCGACCCUCUUAUCGAACAGCUUCAACUUGUCCGUCGCUACCGACAUGAGCGCUUUCCGUGUUGGCGCUAAUGCGGAUGCCGUUCUGCCCUCCUUCGACCUAAACAACUUCCAGCUCGGCUAG